GGACAAUGAUUCUUCUCUACAUCUAUUUCACUUUAUCGCAUCACUGACAGAGUGACUUUGGCUUCCCAUACAGAUUGUGAAGGAAGAGACCCAUACUGCAAUCAAAUUUUUCACUAAGAUUGUUAUCAUAGCGACACAGCACAAAGUAUAUAAUCUCAAUAAAUUCUUCACUUAAUAUAUUUUGUACCGUCAUGAUAAUGGAUCAAGCGGAAGGCCCCACGAUUCAGGUUCAAGCAUUGAGUGUAUAGAAGAAGUCGAUCCCCUGCCGAACCUAGCCGAUUCUUCGGCGAAUGUCGCAAACAGUAUGUCGAACCUGGCUGAAUCUCUGCCAAACUUGGCCGAUUCCAUGCAGGGUUUGGCUGGCUCUUUUCCAAACAUCACCGAAAAAUUUCCAAACCUAGCUGGUUAUCUUGCAAACAUCACCGAUUCUUUUCCGAACAUAGGUAUAGCCGGUUAUCUUCAAAAUAUCAGCAGAGCAUGGCCGAACCUUACUGAUGUCAUCCAGGACACCAUAGACGGUAAUCAGGAAACCGCUUUAGCAAUACCUUUUGUAGGAGAUGUAGAAACAGAUGUGAUUGAUGAAAUCACUGGUAUCCCAUCUGAAACACCAGUUAAUGAAUCGAUAUCGACUGUCAUAACAUCGGGUAUGACUACCGCAAAACCAGAAAUUACAGAUUUUGUCAAAAAUGUCUCAACGACUAUUUUAUCAACCGUGGCUGUUGUGAACGAUUCUGUCAUACAGAACCCAAAUUUCAAUUCGACGACAAUGGCUCCAACGAAAGAACCAGUGAAGACAAUUACCACAUUGUGGUCCAGCAUCUCAACGACGAUCUCAUCAUAUAACGGCACCGAACUCGACGACAUCAACUCCACGACAACAUCAGAGUCGGCCUGCGGAUCAGGCUAUACGGUCGAUGAAUGCGAGUGGGUAGUCAACUUCGAACGCAUUCUGUCUCCCAUUCUCAUGGUCCUCAUCAUCAUCGGUCUCGUCGCUAAUAUAUACAUCGUUUACACAGUCGUCGCCCGCAAAGACAUGAGGACGUUCUCCAAUCUCUUCAUGACCAAUCUUAGCGCCACCCAUCUCAUCUUCCUUGUCGUUAUCGGUGCUACCGACGUCUAUGAUUACGUGUUGACGGUCCGUGAUAUUGCUCAUAGCAGUGUCAUACCAUCGUCUGUUCAUCUCUACAUCAGUCUCGUUAUAACCAACUGCGAUGUCUCCAUGUUAACGGCUUUAUCCAUCGAUCGUUAUGUUGCCAUCAGCGUCGAUCCGAAGAAAGUGGCUAAAUAUUCUAAAGUGAAGAUAACUACAGGCGUAUGCGCCCUUGUCUGGAUUGCCUCUCUGGCAGUGUGUGCACCUGUCUUCUACAGCAUUGAUACUACUAACGGUACCUUCGACAUUUCCGAAUCCAGCUUCAAAGUCGCUAUGAGCAUCUCUUUCGUGGUCUCCUAUAUCAUCCCCCUGACCGUCAUCACCGUCGUCUACUUCGCCAUCAGACGCAAGCUUCGAAAGCGAAGCGGCGAAUCUUUGCGCGUCAAGAAGGACGGGGUCGUGGUGACGCGUACGCCAGAGGAAUACCGUCUGUACCACGAUCAGCAGAUUCUGCGGAGUAUCCUCGUCAUCGUUCUUCUUUACACAUUCAACUUCGGUGCGCGUUACAUCACCAAAAUGAUCAUCUACCUGUCCAUACCAUUCGGCAGGAUCGCUAUCUUCGUAGCCACGCAGUUGAGUGAGACAGCCGCCAUUUUGACGGCAAGCCUGCAGCCGAUAGUGUACGUAAUGUUACAUCCGACUUUCAGUAAGCACACCAGAGAGAGGUUCGCCUGCAGCGGUGGUACCAAGAGUUUUGGGUGCUGCGUGUAUUGCGGCAAGUGUUACAUUGCUUGUUGUACUUGUUGUGGGCUGAUUAACUUGUCUCCGGUUCCACAACCUAGCCUACGAGGAGACGGGGAUGUUGGCAGCAGGCAAAGCAAGAAAAUUGAUAGAGUGAUAUUAGUGGAAAACAUGGAACUCGACAUAAUUCCACCUCCUCCUUCUCCGACUUCGCGCAAUCCUUCUUCCCCAACAAGCAGAACUUCUCCUUCCCCCUCUACUCCUCAAAACUCUAACUCACCUCCUCCUUCCUCUUCUCCUGCUUAUAUCCCACAUGCAUCGUCUCCUUCUUUCCCUCCCCUUUCUCCGACCGAUCCAAGUCGAAUCUCCUCCUCCUCUUCUCCUCCAUCUCAUAAUCAUAUCCCUUCUCCUCCUUCUUAUCCCCCUCCUUCUCCUCCCUAUCCUCACGCUGUUCUAUUCUUUCCUUUUCCAAGACCUUCAUCUCCUCCUUGCUUAGAUUGUGAGGAACCAUAUUAAAACGUAUUAAAGAAUUCUAACUCAUUCUGAAUCUAUACUUCAAAAUAAUACAAAUAGUACUGUUUAAUCGUCCUAUUAGACUCGGAUCAUGGAAUAAAAUUCAAUUUCAAUUACGAUGUACAAAUACUCUUAACUCCAUCUUCUACUUUGGAUAACAUUUUGAUUGCUAAUUUUCCUGGGGAGGAAAUUAGGAAAUUCAAUUCUUGCAAUCAAUAAAUUAUGUACAUGUAUAUUUCAUUUGUACUGAUAAAUGUUUUUGGAAUAAACGGACUAAUAGUAAUUUUGUAUUAUUCAGUCUUUGUUAAAACUUAUCUUUUACAAAAAAAACAUGAAAAGACGGUGAUCAUUAUAGUUCUUUUUAAAUAUAUCUUUAGUAUAUCUGUACAGAAACAAUGGAUGAGAUGAAAACAGCGCGGUAGAUUGUAGAGUAUAUUUAUAUAUAUUAGGUAGCUGUGCUAUACAUAAAUUAUUAUCUCUGUAGUAUUAUCAAGAUCACAUUUCUAUUCGGAUAAUGUUGCUGUUUUAAAAUGUGAAAUGUCUUUACAUUGAGGUGUUUGUGUCACUGCGUUGGGUUUCUUACGAAAAUGCUUACAUCUAACGAACGACCCCGUUCUUCGAGCUCCGUUUAUACAAGUUAGAUUUAAUUAAAAUCUUGUAAAAGAAAAUCAGACAAAAUCAAGCAACAUCUCUCCUUUGGCUCGAAACGUUGAGUCGGUCCUGCUGUUCAUUAAUUCUAAACUUGAAAUUUAAUGAAGUUUGACAUAGAUCUACUGGUUAUUAUUGAAACACGAUUCACAAUCUUCAACACCAAGAUAGGAAACUGCGGAAUUUAAGAAAUUGAGUAUUUCACUAUCAUUAUGCUUCAAAUCUAGUGCAUUUAGUUAUUCUCGUUUUAGCAAUUUUCACCAAAUGGAAACCAGCAGCUGUGUUGCACGGUUCGAAUCAAUUCCAUCGGGUAGCAACUUACUACUCUGAGCUAUGUCUCGUCAAAGUCCAUCGGUGAUGUGACGGGAUUUGAACCCGCACCUUGCAAAUCACAAUUUGGCGAGUUCUUUAUUAGACCACGUUACCUCACAGCAGACAGAUUUGGAGUCGGUUAUUCAAUCAUACUCCGAACCGAUUGUGAUACUGAUACCGCCGGGGUGGAUAUCCGUUUUGUGGUACCAUUUAUUGGUAUCAACCACGACUGCAAUGAUAGAACAAAUAAAUGAAGUGGUAACUCGUGUUUAUUCACCAGUUCGAAUACAAACGAUUUAAUUGUAUUAAAUAUUAGGAAACUGUUUAUUAAAUCAUAGAGGUCUACCAGAGAGUUUGCUAGCCAUUGAUAAUGGCUACAAUCGGAAGUAAAUUUAGUUGGAAGCAAUGACUGAUGCGAAAUGGUUGGUAAAUUGUGCAGAGGCCCAUGUAAGAUCAUUACUUCCACCCAUAAGUAGAUGCAUGAUAGUCUUAUGGAAGCAUCGUGGUGUAGCGGUUCUGACUCUCGCCUUGUAAUCAGAGGGUCGUGUGUUCGAAUCCCACCAUGGUCUAGCGUCCUUUGGCAAGGCGUCAAUCCACAGUUUGCCACUCUCCACCCAGGUGUUAAAUGGGUACCCGGUAGGAUGCGAGAGCAUAUGUGCCUAGCAACUGAGUCUUGAAACUCUUGUUGGAAUGCUCCCCAGGGAGUGGAGAGGGUGCAUACAUUGUAUGCGGCAUGCAAGGAUCCGAUGACCGGGGUAAUAAUAUAUCUGUAAAGCGCUUUGAGACGUUGUUCCGAUGUAUUGAAGCGCUAAAGCGGAUUGUUAUAAUCAUUAUUGUUAUUGUUAUUUUACAGAGUGCAUUUUCUAUUUAAUGUUCAGAUGCACUUCCGAGGACAUAUUGAUAGUAGAAGUGAGUUUAUAUACAUUUAUUUAGGUAUUGCCUGAAGCCUUGAAUACACAAAUGAAAAUUAACGAUUAAUCAUGCUUGCAACCAAUGAAAUAAAAUGGUAGAUUUUCAAUUAAAUUUCAAAGUAUAUGCUUAACGUCUAUAGUCGAUGCUGAUGCUCAUUUUCCUAUAUUUUUUGACAAAGAAAUUGUUAUAUUCCAAUCGAUUUGUAUGAAUUACUUUGGUGGAAAUAAGAAACUUAAUGAUAUUCAGUAGGAAAAUAAAUAUACAUGUGGACAAAUAGAUGCUAUUCAUAUAUAAUUAGGGUGGGGGUAAGCUUAGAAUAAAUGUACAAUAUCGAUUUUGUAAAGAUUAUAUAAUGGUUUUCUUUUUUCUGGUUUUCUAUUAAAUAUAUUAAAUAUACUUACUGACAUUUCCUUUGACCAUGGUAGCAUUGAUUUCAUGACAGACGUGUUCACAUUCAGGUGGAGGAAUGAGCGUCCAUGUUUUAGAACCACUAAUCUGAGCCUGCCACGAAGGUCUGUCCACACUGUCAAUCUAAGAUGGUGAAUAUAGCCAAGUGAGGGAAUGAUAAAAGCAUUCAAAGAGGAAGUGAAAAGGCGUCUGCCCAUCAAAUACGGUCAGUGUAUAAACAGGGUCCCAAACCGUACAAAAUCACAGGCAGAGUGACUGCAUUACUGAUCUAUUCAAUUAUGACAAUCGUUUGUAUUGCCAAAACAUAGUUUAUGGUUAGUGUGAUUGUGA